AGUCUCCCGGGAGUGGAAGGGGUGAACAUAUCGUACAGCAAGCCGUGCACCGGUUGCUCGAAGUGCUACCAGCGCUUCGAGCGCCAGACAGCCGGCGCUGAGGGUCUGAGCUCACGCGAUACGACCCGCUGGUGGCAUAUAUUUAUGUCACGAAAGGCGUCCGAUAAUCACAACACCAAUGAAUCCAAAGUGGAUUUGAGAUCAAUUACUAACGACGAGUGCAAUCAGUGGUCGACACUGACGGACGUGAACGCCGACAACCUUUUCAUACAAAACACUAAGGAUUGCAAAUUGAAUCUAAUUAUUCAUAGCCAGCCCUUAAAGUAUAGCCAAUUCAUUAGCGAUGGCGUAAAGUUAUUCAAUGGCGAGCCGUUGGCGGAAAGCGAUCCCCAAUCCGGUGUUCAGGUGAUCGAAGCCAUGGAUAUUAAUAUAGAUCUGCCCAUUGAUAAGACCAGUGGUGGUGCUGUCGGUGCUACAGAUGUCGAGAGCGAUGAUGGCGAAGGAGAUAAGAUUGUAGCCGAAGAUAAAUCGGCCACUAAUUCAUGGUUUAGUAUCGAUACUGAAAGUUAUGAGAGACAGUCCGUUAAGAUUACACUUUUGCCUAAAGUGUUGAAUAUGUAUACGCUGUAAGGCAUGCCCUCCCGACUACUCGCAAGCAAUAAUAUUUAGAUAUACCGUAAU